AUGCCAGGGAUAGAGCUGGCAUCUUCUUUGGUUUAUUUGUCUGAAAAGUGGCACUUGCUCAUAGACUUUGAUGACUAUGCAGGGUGGUUUCCUGUUGGUGGUUUGCACCUUGCUGGUUUAACCGAGUGGUGGCUAGUGACAACAUUGUCAGGCGACCUGCUGGGUUUUACAUACGAGAGAAGUGACAAGGAGUGUUGUCGAACAUGUAAACAGACAAGUUGUGUCCUAAAUGGCACAGAGGAAAUAGUGCGCAUAAUGCCUGGAGAAUCCUGGUACCCACCGGGUGAUAAAUGCACAUAUUACAAGUGUGACGAAAACAAUUUUACUUUAAUCAAAAAGAUCAUCUCAUGUCCAAAACAAAAGAUCAGAAAAUGUAAAAAGGGUGCAUUGAUUGAGGUUGAAAGUGCUGACAAAUGCUGUAAAAGGAAAGUAUGUACCACAGGAACCAGAGAAUGUAAUGUAAAGAUACAAAAGAAAAUUAUACGACUUGGAGAUUGUUUUGCAAUUGUGCCUGUACCUUAUUGCAAAGGUUCUUGUAAUAAAUCAUCCAGAUCUUCAUCUUCAUCUUCAGAAGAGAUGAAAUAUAAAUGUUCCCGUUGUGAAGCAAAAAAAUCCCAAGAAAGAAAAAUAAAGCUGGCAUGUGAAAAUGGGAGACGCGAGAGCUAUACCUACAGUCAUGUAGAGGAAUGUCAGUGCAGAGCGUGUACUCCAUCAAACUCAUAUUACUACAAGUUAUAA